UACUAUAUUUUGAUGUCCAUUUUCCUACUGCUGGAACUGGUGCUGCUGGCCUUUGUGAUUGUGUUUUCUUACUAUGAUGGUGCUUUCGCUAAAAUUGGACUCUACCCAGAGAAUGCCAUGUUGGACGCAGUCAAAUUCUACAGAGAUGACCCAGAUAUGAAAGAUUUCAUUGAUGGUAUUCAGGAGCUUUUGUCCUGCUGUGGUGCAACCAACAGUGAUGACGGAUACUUGGACUGGAAUAAGAAUGUGUACUUCAACUGCACCACUGGAAUCAUCAACCCAGAAUCUUGCAGUGUACCAUCUUCAUGCUGCGUACAAAGACCGGGUGCUAAUAGAAAUACAGAAUGUGGCAGGGGUGUUCUCAGAGCUAAUACAACUAACCUGUCUGCUAUCAACACUCAAGGUUGCCUGAAAGGCCUGCAGAGUAUUAUCAAAGAUAACACAUGGACUGUUUUCGGAAGUGUUGUUGGGAUUCUCAUUCCUCAGGCAUUUUUUGUCUUCUGUGCUAAAACCCUGGUGUCACAAAUCCAAACACAGAUGGCCAAGUGGUGA